AUGAAAGUUGCUAUAUUUUCACUUUUGUGGCCAAAAAAUAAUUUUUCUGCAGCUUGCGUAAGAACAUUCGGAUAUGUUCUUUGCUAGCUAAAAGAAAAUCAAGAGACUUUAUUUAUUUCUCCUUCAAAAAAAACUAAACAAUAAAUCAGCGAUAUAUAAAUGUUUUCUAAUGUUAAGAUUUAUGAAGCUGAUUAUAAUAAUUUUGAAACUAUGGAUUUUUUGUUAAGUAAAUAGCUGAAUUUUGUUCCAGACAUUGCUAUAUUUGAUACAUUUGUCUGUGAGGAGAAAUUUUCUCAUUAUAUUCACACAAAGUUUCCUAAUUGUAUGAAAGUGUUGGAUCUUCAAGAUAUACACUCUCUACGUCAUAAAAGACAGUAAAUAGUUGAAGAUAUGGAAGAUAAUUUAAAGUAAAAAAUGAUACAAAAUGGAUCUUAAAAUGAAUUAGAUCCUGAAAUAGAAAGAAAUAUGAUGUAGAAGGUGCUUUAAGAAGGGUUUCCUUCUGGAAGUGAAAGUGAAGAAUUCAAUAGGGAAAUGGCUAGCAUGCUAAGAAGUGAUUUAGUCAUAACCUGUAGCGAUUACGAAUAUUUUCGCUUGAGAAACCAUUUAAAUAUUCAUAAUACAGAACUCUUAACAUUUUUUCAUGAAACUCCUAGCUUAGAGAUAGAUGAAAGAGAAACAAAUUUUUAAAAAAAGAGAAAUUUUGUUUGGAUAGGAAAUUAGUCACAUUAUCCUAAUGCAGAUAGUUUGAAAUAUAUAAUUAAUUACAUUUGGCCUAAAAUUCACGAACGUCUCCCAGACGCUUAACUUCAUAUUUAUGGUUCAAAUUUUAAAUAGGAGUUCUCCAACUUAGAUAAACUAAAUAUUAACAUAUUCAGUAGAGGCGUUAUGCCUUCUUUAGAAAGAUUAGCUAAAUAUAGAGUUAUGCUAGCACCGUUACGAUAUGGUGCUGGUAUUAAAGGGAAAAUUGUAGACAGUUGGCUGCAUAAAGUUCCAGUUGUGACCAGCCCUAUUGGGGCAGAAGGCUUAUAUUAUGAUACUGCUUAUGAAUCAAUAUACACUGAUAUAGAUUAAGGACAGUAUACUUAUAAGGAUAUGAUGACAUAGAUAAAUAGAGAAUAAAUAUAAAAUUAAUAAAAAAUGGAAUCAUUUUAUUCAUAUAGUAACUUUGACUUUAGCAAAUAACCAGAUCAUCUAAAAUUUGGAGGAAAAUUUUGGAAUUUUACUGUUGAUGAUUAUGUAAACUCAGCCAUUGAGCUAUAUACUAAUGAAGAAGAAUGGAAAAAAUAAGUGAUAGCAGGAAAUGAGAUUUGCAACAGAAGAAUGGGUUUUACAAGAAAUAAUUUAGUAUACAUGAUGAAAUUCAAUGAAUAUCUAAUGAAUUUAAGAGACAAUAGAAAAAGAAAUAAUCUAUAUAAUUUGACAUGGAGUGAAACAUUAAGAUCGACAUAAAAUUUUGCAAAGUAUAUUAACGAGAAAAAUAGAAACAAAUUAUUCUCUUCAAAACAUUCUAAAUGA